CACCACUCACUAUACGGAAAAUGAUGCCCAUUUUGGUUGUCCUUUUCAGUCACUAACGUUGAUGAGUAGAGUGAAGUAACAUAAGUUUAGGUUUUUAGAAAACUUUAAAUAUUUUCAAACGAAUAAAUUAUCCCGUUAUCUUGAAUUUACGGUAUUUAUAAUUCCACCCCCAAGUUCGAGAAAAUAAUAAUGAUGUCCGCCACGGUAAAGUUGUUCAUAAUGCUGAAUGUGGGAGCAUUUGUUUCAGCUACUCUGAAGCCCAUACCGGUAAAAGGUAACUACAGGGUGGAGCAAAGUUUGGAAAAGUGGAGCCAAGAUGGGGACAAGAUGGUGAUCUCAUCUAAACGGUUCUCAAUUUUUGAUGUGACGUCACGUAUGGACGAUUCGGGGUGUAUUGCUUGCAAAAACAUUGUCACUGAAUUGGCACAAAGGGUGGACAAAAAUUUAUCUGAGCAAGAAAUCAGGGCAGGGUUGGCACAAAUGUGCACCUACUUGCCAACAGCGAAAUGUACCUCGUUCGUAGAAACGUAUGAAGGACCCAUCGUCGAUUUCUUUCUGCACAAAGUGGAUCCUACUAAAAUCUGUAGCGAAAUUGGAGCCUGCAAACCACUCGAUAUAAUUCCUCCCCCCAAACCAAGGAAUAUUGAAUCUAGGAAUGGUUUACCAAUAGUCAAAUGGUGGGGUACCUUGGGAAAUUCCGCCAAUUGCCAAGAACGGCGGGACAUCGGGGUAUACGAUUGCGGGUGUCGUAGUGGCUAUUGUUGGGCGAAUUGCUACUUCGGGUGGUGCUACACGACCUGGUCAUACAGCCAGAGUUACAGCUACGUCACCUGUCUCAGCCACUCUGAUUGUCAAGUCAAUUGGAAAUGUGCUGGGUCUUGUACAAUUUAAACUAUGUAUGGGGUAAUCCAAUAUUUGUAAUUUUGAUAAAUUUAAAUUUAACAAAUGAGCCAAUUCACAUCAGUCUUCGUGAGUCCGUAACGUGAUAAAAUUGAGAAAAGUUCAGAUUCCGAGCAUAAAACACGCUUUUAUCUUCCUACAUACAUAAGUUUUCAGAAGUCCGUAAGCAAAAAAAUCCUUAGGGAUGUUCGUAGGUAAAGUUCGUAA